AUGGAGACAGUUGCCGAGCCAUCUCAGCCGGCAGGAAAAGUUGAGAAGCCCAAGAAAGCAGACUUUCGACAGCGUGCGCAUUGCAACCCUCUUUGCGACUGGGGUGAUUGCUAUCCAGUUUCCCCUGAUCACGUGGACUGGUCAGUCCAUUUUCCCAAAUUCUUCCCCAGCGACGGGAAAGACGAGUUGCUCCUCAACACUUCUGAAUACCCCAUUCAGUAUCCACAGACUUCAGUACGCCCAGAAUGCAGCGGCAAGGCUGGAUGUCAUCAGGUUCGAUUCUUGGACGUGGGUUGUGGAUUUGGAGGACUUCUCAUGGCUUUGAGCCCCAAGUAUCCAAACACGCUGAUGCUAGGCAUGGAGAUCCGAGAGCAAGUCACCAACUAUGUGGGGAAGCGAAUUCAAGCCAUGCGGCAAGGGGCUGAAGGAGAACCAUCCCAUCACAACGUUUCGGUUAUCCGAACGAAUGCCAUGAAGUUUCUGCCCAAUUACUUUCGGAAAGGCCAGCUGGAGAAGAUGUUCUUUUGCUUCCCGGACCCUCACUUCAAACGAAAGAACGCCCGGAGGAGAAUCAUAAGCUAUGGUUUGCUCUCUGUCUAUGCAUACUUGAUGUCUCCCGGUGGGUUGUUGUACCAUGCUACUGACGUGAAGGAGCUUCAUCAGUGGAUGGAUCAGGCAUGUGAGGAGCAUCCGCUUUUUGCUCGAGUGCCUCAAGAAGAGAUUAAAGAUGAUCCAUGCGUGGAAGCUGUUACUUCAGAGACGGAAGAAUCCAAGAGAGUGAAGAACCUGGGCCGCUUUGGCCACGAUGUACACUUGAGUGUCUUUCGCCGCAUUAGCCCUGAUGGCUGA